AUGGCGUCGAGAACCGGCGGCACAAAGCUUUCCUUCGAGGUUCUCCGCCGAAAUCCAAUCGUUGAAGAAGAUUCUUUCCUCCAUCAUUCCAAAUCGGAUCCAGCAACUCUACCCGAUCGCAAGAAACGUAAGAACCGAGCAUCCAAGAAGAAAAAGAAAUCUCUCGAUCCCGUUGAUUCCGUUGCUGAUUCCGGCGAUCCGAACCGGAAGAAUGAAUUGCCGCUCGAAAACGGAGGACCAUGUAACGGUUUCGGGAUUGACGCAAUGAGGUAUUGCGGUAACGGAGGAAGUGUCGUGUAUGAGGAAGCUAGUGAAACGAGCUUCUCUGGUGUUACUGCGGCGCCUGAGGUUGGUUCUUCGUUUUCGACGACGGUGCGUGGGAGUGUAGAAGGGUUUGGUGAAUUGAGGCAAAGAAAUGUGAAUAGCAGUUCUGAGGAUUUAGUUGCUUCUGUGGUGGGCGAUAUCGGUGAAAUUGGGAAGGACGAUGAUUGUGUGAAGGAGAGUCCGGUGGAGACACCGAGAAAAGAAACUGAAAGGAAAGUCCUUACAAAAUCGGAAACGGUAGAAUCGGUUGACUGGAAGCGGAUAAUGGAAGAAGAUCCGAAUUAUGUGUUCACAGUAGAUAGGUCUCCUGUAGCAUACUUCUUGGAGGAAAUGUACAAUGGGAAUUCUUUACGAAGCACAACUACUCUUGGCAAUGAAACAGAAAGAGAGAGAGUUUAUGACACCAUCUUCCGCUUGCCAUGGAGAUGCGAAUUGCUUAUAGAUGUUGGCUUCUUUGUCUGCUUCGAUUCAUUUCUUUCGUUAUUAACUAUUAUGCCAACAAGGAUCCUGAUGACCAUUUGGAGGCUUCUAAAGACAAGACAGUUCAAGAGGCUCUCAACAAUGGAAUUGUCAGAUUUCGGAUGUUUUAUUAUUAUGAGCUGUGGAGUUGUUCUUUUGCAGAGAACAGAUAUCAGCUUAAUAUAUCAUAUGAUCCGUGGUCAAGGAACAAUAAAAUUGUAUGUGGUCUACAAUGUUUUAGAGAUAUUUGAUAAACUGUGUCAAAGUUUUAAUGGGGAUGUGUUGCAAACAUCAUUUCAUUCUGCUGAAGGACUUGCAAGUUGCCCCCCAGAAAAUAUGAGAUUCUGGCUCUGGAGAUUUGUUUGUGACCAAGCUUUAGCUGUGGCAAUCACUCUAUCUACCUGUAUAGUUGCUCACAACAACGCGUUGUUAGCUUUGCUGGUGUCAAAUAAUUUUGCUGAGAUUAAAGGCAAUGUGUUUAAGCGGUACAGCAAGGAUAAUGUUCACAGUUUGGUUUACUUUGAUUCUGUGGAGAGAUUUCACAUUUCAGCAUUUAUCUUAUUCGUUUUGGCUCAGAAUAUUCUUGAGGCAGAGGGUCCCUGGUUCGAAAGCUUUCUUUAUAAUAUCUUCUUGGUGUACGUAUGUGAAAUGGUUAUUGAUAUUAUCAAGCAUUCAUUCAUUGCUAAAUUCAAUGAUAUUAAACCCAUUGCCUACUCUGAGUUCCUUGAAGACCUAUGUAGACAGACUCUAAAUUUGCAAACUGAGGGUGUAAAGAAAAACCUAACUUUUGUCCCCCUUGCUCCGGCGUGUGUGGUUAUUCGAGUUCUAACCCCAGUAUAUGCUGCAAACCUUCCUCAAAAUCCUCUUCCAUGGAAAAUUUUCUGGAUUCUGCUUUUUUCAACAAUGACCUAUGUUAUGCUCACAAGCCUCAAGGUUCUCAUGGGUAUGGGCCUACAGAAACAUGCCACUUGGUAUAUUAAUCGUUGCCGAAGGAGGAAACAUCACCUUCAUGCAGAUUAG